CUGUUUUCCUGUGUCAUGGCGGCGCUCUGGUAGUGAGGUGCUCAGUGGUCUGUGGGGUGAGAUAUAUUGGCAGGGCUCCGGCGGUGAGAGGUGGUGGGUGUAGCGGGGGGAUGGUGUCGGCUCUGUGCGCGCGGCGGCUCCUACAGCCGGGGCGGAUCCACCUCGGAUCAGCGUGGCGGAGCUGCAGAGAGCUGCAUCCUUCUGCUGGUCAGCUGGAACGUCUGCGGCUCUUUAGUGCUCUGAGAGAAAAGCAGUCUGGUCAGAAGGCAGCAGAGCCUGGACAGAAUCUAAGCGUCCGACUGGCCGAUGGUAAAACAGUGAAAGCGGUAGCAGGGAUCACAACCCCUCUCCAGAUCGCACAGAGAACUCGUAUUAAAGGAGCAGUAGUGGGGAGAGUGAAUGGUGAGCUGUGGGAAUUAGCUCGCCCACUGGAAGCAGACUGUGAACUGCACCUGCUGAGCUUUGACUCUCUAGAGGGCCGACAGGUGGUAUGGCGGACAGGAGCGUGUGUGUUAGGAGCUGUGAUGGAGACACACUUCACUGCUCACGUGUGUCGAGAGGGUGUGUCUGACACGGCACUCUACUGUGACUACAGACUAGAUAACAGUGCUUUGUCUCUAGAGGAGGUGGAGGAGAGGUGUAAAGAGAUGGCAGGUCUGAAGCUCCCAAUCACGAGGCUAGAGCUGAAUGUACAUGAACUCGGGGAACUCUUCCAGGAUGCUCUGAGGUUGCAGUUGGCUGAGGAGCAAAUUCAAGGAAAAAACACCAUCAGUGUCUACAGGUGUGGGCAGAGUGUAGGAGUGUGUUCGGGCCCACUUCUUCCUCAUACAGGUUUUAUUCACUCCUUUAAAAUGCUCCAGGUCUCUCCUGUUACUCUGUCAGGCGGCACAGAGGCGUCGGGUGUGAUGAGGAUGAUCGGAGUUUCGUUUCCUGGAGAGAAAGAAAAAGAACAGUGGGUGCAGGAGCAGGAGGAGGCCAGGAGAAGGGACCACAGGCGCAUCGGCAAGGACCAAGAGCUGUUCUUCUUUAAUGAUGUCAGUCCAGGCAGCUGCUUCUUCCUUCCAAAGGGAGCUCACAUAUACAACACCCUCACUGACUUUAUAAAGAGUGAGUAUAAAAGUCGGGGCUUCAGUGAGGUCGUGACCCCGACGCUUUUCAGUACAACACUAUGGGAACGCUCUGGGCACUGGGAGCACUAUAGUGAAAACAUGUUCACUGUGAAAUGUGAGCCGCACACAUUCGCCCUCAAACCUAUGAACUGCCCCGCCCACUGCGUGAUGUAUGAGCAGAGGGUGCGGUCAUGGCGAGAGCUGCCGCUGCGCUGGGCUGAUUUCGGGGCUCUGCAUCGCAACGAACAUUCAGGGGCAUUAGGGGGUCUAACCAGAGUCCGCCGUUUCUGCCAAGAUGACGCACAUAUAUUCUGCACACCUGAACAGUUGGAGGAGGAGAUCACAGCAUGUUUGGACUUUGUAAGGAGUGUGUAUCGUGUGUUUGGUUUCACCUUCCACUGCCUGCUCUCAACUCGACCUUCUUCUUAUCUGGGUGAGACGGCGCUCUGGGACAGUGCAGAGCAGCAGUUGGAGAGGAGUCUUGAGCAGUUUGGAGAGCGCUGGGAGCUGAACCCUGGUGAUGGUGCCUUUUACGGCCCAAAGGUUGAUAUCCAAAUCCGUGAUGCCAUUGGUCGUCAGCACCAGUGUGCCACCAUCCAGCUGGACUUCCAGCUGCCAAUCCGAUUCAACCUGCAGUAUGUAGGGUCAGAUGGAGGUAUGCACAGGCCUGUGAUGGUACAUCGAGCAGUGCUGGGCUCCCUGGAAAGAAUGAUUGCCAUUUUGGCUGAGAACUUUGGAGGAAAAUGGCCGUUGUGGCUGUCCCCGGCGCAGGUUAUGGUGCUGCCUGUAGGGGGGGACAGUAAGCAGUAUGGGCGAGAGGUGGUGCACAGGUUAAAGAAGGCAGGCUUCAUGGCUGACGUUGAUGAUGACCACGGUGCCACUUUAAAUAAGAGGAUUCGAUCAGCACAGCUCGCCCAGUACAAUUACAUAUUUGUGGUUGGAGAGAAGGAGCAGGAGAGUGGCACGGUCAGCGUACGGACAAGAGGAGGAAAGCAGCUUGGUCAAAGGUCACUGGAGGAUGUGAUGACUUCACUGGAGGAGCUCCGAGAGAGACGCAGUAAUCGAGACGAGUUUUGAUCGGCCCACACACUCAGGAACCUGGACACGCUCAGUCAUAACAAACCGGCCAAGUUAAAAAACAUCUGAAACAUGUGUAUAUACACACACACACACACACACACACAGAGGAUGGAGACAACUCCCAUUGGGCAGUUUAUUGCCCUGAAUAUGUGUAUACUUAUACAAGUGUAAACUUUCCUGAAUCUUGUUCCCUCACCCACAUACAUAAAAUUAGGAGAGAGAGAGAGAGAGAUGUAUAAACUUUAUUGGAUCUCCUUCUCUCUAUCUCACACACACACACACACUCCCACCCACUCAUGUAUAAACACACUCUUCAUCGGUUUAAUGUUCGAACUCUCUGAAAACCAAACAGACUCUUCAUUGUGUUCCUGCUCUCGAACCAGGACAACUCAACUGAACCCGACUGACCUGAAUAGAUCAGUGGACGAGGUCAGAAUUAACAUUCAGUUACAAAUGCUUGACUAAAGUAUUUAUAAUAAAAUAGCCUCAUUUGUAAGUUG